CUGACUUCAGUCUCUUCAGUUACAUCUUCGAGAGUGACCUGGUCCUCGGACCCUUUAUCUCUGCAGCCAUGCAGCCCCCUCCUUGGACUGGACCUCCAGGAGCCUCUGGCGGCCCUCCUCCUCCUUCUGGGCCCAAUAUGUUCCGCAGGACCAGGCCUCUCAAGCACUCGGCAGCAGCACCUACUGCCCCAAUGGCACCCACUACUCAACCCAUGACAAACCCUUUUGCUUUUGUUAGAGCUCCUCCCCCUUUGGCUGGUGGUGGUCUCCCAACAAUUCCCAACAGCAACCCUCCACCAAUGCAAGCCCCUCCAAACUCCAUGUACUCGCAAGCCAGCUCAGGGCUUCCUCCUCAACUGCAGACUCCGGAGGGUGGGUCAGCCGCGCCCCCUGGUCCCCUACCGUCCUCUCUACCAGGGGUGACUCUGUUCAACCCUCACAGUGCAGCGGCCCCCAGUGUUUACUCAGCACCCGGCCCGGCAGGAUAUGCAUCCUCACACAAUGAACAGGGCUAUUUUAAUUCUACGGAUCAGACACCAUCUAUGGCCCUGGAGCCCCCACAUGCAGCUGCAGCCCCAGCACCGAGUCAGACACCUUUAAACCAGGAGUAUCAAGGGCGGCCCCCUUCUCAGCCCGUUCCCUUCCAGCCGGUGCCUCCCACCUCCUCGUAUUCCCAGUGGUCCCCUGAUCACGGUAGUCGCCCUCCGUCAGUGCAGAACUAUUUCCAGCCUACUAGCGACCUACCGCCACAGCCUUUUAAUUUACCUCCGCAGACCCAGAUGUACCCCUCCCUGAGCCCAUCACCUCAUCACAACGCCCCCACCCCUCCAACACAACCUGCGCAUCCCCAGUCUCAAGCUCAGUUUCCUCCCCAGAACCCCGUAAACGCCCCCAGCUCUCAAUGGCCCGACCCAAAUGCACCGCAGCAGCAUAACUCUCACUUCCAAACUCAGAGCUACUUCAGUCAGAGCUCGGCCCCCCAGGACUCGUGGUUCAACAUGCCUCCGCAAGACUCAGGCUACCACCAAAUGGGGACCGGCCUGGCCCACCCUCAGCCCCGGCCCGAGUCUCAUGCUUCCCAACAUGUGUCCAACACUGGGGCUAGUUCUGCUCCAGUCCCAUACUCGCAGGAGUCUGGUUCCCUCUCAAUGUUCUUCAAAGACAGCGAUGUGGAAAAUGAAGAAACACUGGCUGGAGAUAGAAAUAAAGCUGAGAACGGUAUUCCUGGAUCCCUGCAGCAUCACAGCCACCCCAGCCAAUCAGAUGCUCCUCUGCAGGAUCACUCACACCUACCAUACAUGAAUGAAGGCUGCCACCCACCACAGCCCAGCACCCAGGAGCCCCCUGAUCCGCAGAACGACCACAUGGAGAAUUUGGAGUGUGUCCCGAACCAGGAAGUAUUACCCAGUGAAAUGCAUGGCAGCCCGCCUGUUGCUACUGCUGCAGCCCAGGGAGUAGACCAGUAUGAAACAGGGCCAAACCUGGAGACUCCAGAUUCGAUUCCACGUCCAAUUAGAUCUACCAGUGUGUCCUCCAACUACAGCAAUAUGAGCCAUGGCAGUGGAAGCGGCACCCGGCGGCACCAGGGAGUCGUGGGAACCUUUAUUCAGCAGGAGAGUCCACGUCUCACUGAGGAUGCUAACCUGCCUGCUGCCACUGGGGGUUACUUUGAGCAGAUUGAUACUUCCCCAGCUGGAGCUAUGGGUGCACCUCCGAGCCCCCAGGAGCAGAUAUGGGCCCCCACACCCAGCCCGCCCAAACCAACCGGCAUCUUCCAGGCCAGCGCUAACAGCUCCUUUGAACCUGUGCGCUCUCAUGGAGUAGGGGUGCGCCCUGCUGAAGUUGACAGGGCUAACGUGGUAGCGGAAGGCCGUGCAGAAGCUCCGCCUGGAAACCUGGAGCAGCCGCCAGAUAAUAUGGAAAAUAUUUAUGGCCAAGGACAUCCUUUGCCUGCUGGGCCUGGAGGUGGUGUUCCUCAUCUGCCUCACCUAGUGCUCCUUCCUCACUCUCGACCUUCAUCCCGGUCUUUUGGCGCCAGUCGGCCCUGUGAGAGCCCGGCCACCACUCUGUGGGCCCCGCAUGAUCCUGCUAGCUUGGGCGCUAACAUCCUCCUAGCCCCCGCUGCCCCGACAGUUCUCGCCCCUUUACGAGAGCCCAGUGUGGACGUGAUCCAACCUCCAGAGGACGUCCCUCUGGACCUGCAGCCCCCACAGAGAACCCAAGCACACCAGCACUCAGAAAACCUUGAGAAUCCCCCACAGGUGAGUGAGGCAGAGCCGGCUGACCUCCAUGGCAACCUGGGCUAUGCUUCUCUCCUUGUUGCCGACUCGAUCCAGCAGCCGGUUUUGAUUGCCCCGCCUGUGUCUAAUUACAGCGUGAUUCCCCCCAGUACUGCUGCUCAAGCACCAAGCCUUAAGGAGACCACCCCCCCUGUGAGGCCACUCCCACAGGGACAGGGUGCCAGUACCUCCCAACCACCUCCUGUAACCUCUGAUCAGAAUCAAUUGUUCACGCCUGGACCUUUAAGCUUCAAUCCUUCAGCUUCUAAUCACGGCCCGCUCAAUCUGACCCGAGACUAUGCAGACUCGGCGAUGUUAGACCUGCCUCAGUCUCAGCCUGCCCGCUCUCCUCUCUCAAGGGGCCAAUCAUUUGUUGGAGAGGGCCUUUCUGCUCUCCAAGUUAAUCCACAAGCUUCUCUCGCAGCCGCUCCUGUCUCUAAUCAUAAUCAGCCUUCAAAUUACGAACUGCUUGAUUUUUCUAUGCACCAAUCACAAGCUCACAUCCCAUCCUCUCAGCAUGAGUCUCCACAGUCCAGUAAUGGAUUUUACCUACAGGUCACCAAAGACGCUCAGCAGGGGGGAAGAGCGAUGGGGAAUGUCCCUGUCCAGACCCCUGCCUCUUCUUCUUCUACCCCACAGGUACCACCGGCCCCCCCUCAAGCAGCUGCAAACAUCCAGCCUCCUCCAGCUGAAGCUCCUCAAACGUCUCAGGCUGCACCGCCGGGACCACAUUAUGCUGCUCCGGUUCCUGUGAGUGCAGCACCCCCCUCCCGUGACCAGUACCCACCACCAGCACCUGCUGCAGGGGAUGCAUACCCUCCAGGGCCUCAAGGACCUGCACCUCCAGGAGCUCCCCAGCCUGCUCCUGGUGAGCCCCCUCGACCACCUUCCUCUGCAGGCAGCCAGCAGGGCUAUGGGCCCCCUCCUCCUCCAGGACCAGGGCAGAUGUAUGGUGGCUAUUAUGGUAAUUAUGGAGAAUACCCGGACGGCAGAGCAGCUUAUCCUCCUGGCCAGUACCCGCCUCAGCCUCCUGGCCAGUACCCGCCUCAGCCUCCUGGCCAGUACCCGCCUCAGCCUCCUGGCCCGUACCCGCCUCCUCCACCACCCGGGGAUCCUAGAGCACAGCAAUAUUAUCCAGAUGGCUCGUACAGGGGCAGAGCUGAUCCGUGGUACGGCAGAUAUGAAGGACAGGCGGCAGCUUAUCGGGAUCCAAACCUUCAGUACAGAGAGCCUCAGCCGGAGAGACCCAGCUCCAGAGCCAGCCAGUACUCUGACCGCUCCUCCUCCAGGCAAGGCUAUCCUGAAGAUCCCAAAAGAGCAAACCAAAGUACCUACAAUGAAUAUUAUGCAGAUUACGCCAAGCACUAUGAUUAUGGAGCAUACAACUAUGGAGCGUAUGACCCGCGAUACAGAGCGUACUAUGAUCAGGCCUGGGCUAAUUAUGAUGAAAGCUGCAGAGGCAGAGAAAACUACUAUAAUCAGCAGCAACAAGCGUAUCCUGCCAGGAAAGAGGGCUUCGAUGAUCAGUGGCGGUACUACCCCGGUUAUGAUGCCAGUUUUGAUGAUGAUUACCGUCGCCGUGGAGAAGUGUUCGGGGAUGACUUCGACCGCCGCAGUGUCCACAGUGAGCAGUCGGCCCACAGCGUGCACAGCGCCCACAGCAACACCAGCCGGAGGAGCAGCUUCAGCUCACAAUCACAGCAGAGCCAGGUGUACAGAAGCCAGCCUGACCUGGUGUCAGCCGUCUAUGACACCACCUCUUCCACUCUGGCUGUGGACUACUCCUACGCACAGUACCAGAACCAGGCCGAUGCUACACAGAACUACAACCAGUACCUGUACCCCUCCGAGUACAGCGCAGACAGCACCUGGACCGCCCCCGAGCAACCUCCACCUCGUCCUGCAACCCCAGAGAAGUUCAGCAUGCCCCACCGCUGUGCCCGCUUUGGCCCCGGUGGUCAUCUGAUCCAAGUUCUGCCCAACCUGCCCUCAGCUGGCCAGCCUGCUCUCGUUGAUAUCCACAACCUGGAGACAAUGCUGCAGGAUACCCCCGAACAGGCAGAACUGCGGGCUUUCCCUGGCCCUCUUGUGAAGGAAGAGACCCAUAAGGUGGAUGUGAUCAAGUUCUCUCAGAACAAAGCUCUGGAGUGCGCUCGGGACAACAACCUCCUCGACCGGGACUCUGCCCGCCUGCUGUGGGACUUCAUCAUGCUGCUCUGCAGGCAGAACGGGACGGUGGUCGGCACGGACAUCGCUGACCUCCUGCUGAAGGAGCACCGCUCCGUCUGGCUCCCGGGGAAAAGUCCUAAUGAAGCCAACCUGAUAGAUUUUAACAACGAGCCGCUGGCUCGAGCUGAGGAAGAGCCGGGCGCCGGGCCGCUGUCUCUCCUCUCCGACACUUUCAUGAUCGUCCCAGAAAACCUGGGCAAGGAAACUGAACGCUUCAGAGAGCUGCUGCUGUUUGGCCGCAAGAAGGAUGCACUAGAAGCAGCUAUGAAGGGGGGCCUCUGGGGCCACGCCCUGCUGUUGGCCAGCAAGAUGGACAACAGGACACAUGCACGCGUCAUGACAAGGUUUGCCAACAGUCUGCCCAUCAACGACCCCCUGCAGACAGUGUACCAGCUGAUGUCAGGGAGGAUGCCGGCCUCAGCCACUUGCUGCGGAGAGGAGAAGUGGGGUGACUGGCGCCCCCACCUGGCCAUGGUGCUGUCUAACCUCACACACACUCUGGACCUGGAUACCCGCACCAUCAGCACCAUGGGAGACACUCUGGCUUCCAAGGGGCUGAUCGAUGCUUCUCAUUUCUGCUACCUGAUGGCCCAGGUGGGUCUGGGAGUUUACACAAAGAAGAGCACCAAGAUGGUUCUGAUUGGCUCCAGCCAUAGGUAAGAGAGGGAGGCAGGUAUCCGAAUAUUC